CUCUCCCUCGUGCUCCCUCGACAGGCAAUGCCAAACACCUGAUGCUUCAGUGUCCUCCGGAAGAACAUGAAGCCAGCUACUAUAAAGGGUCUGUACCCUCCAUCCUGUAGGACCACCCUUAGGAUUAGACCCUAAAAACACGCCUGAAUAGAAGCACUGAGCUGGAGGAGAUUGGGGCGCCGGGGCUGGAGUACGGGAACAGAGACGCUCCCUGAUGGGAGGGGCGGGCCAGCGGCCUAUUUUGGUCCCGCCUCUUCCCCACCCUGUCCAAUCAGACCCUGUUUCGCUCCAGCAGGGACCGCCCUUUUUAAAAACUCGAGGGUGUGUCCUGCGCAGGGCCAGUACUGCUUGAGCCUCAGCCGCGCGUGCGCAGUACUGCUUGCGCCUUACCCGCGCAGGCGCCGUAGUGCUGGACCGUAGGCGCUGAGGUUCUGUGGUCGGGAUGGCGGAGUUGAUUCCGUUUGCAGUUCCCACUGCGAGCGACAAAACCUUGCUAGUGUGGGAUCUGAACGCUGGACCCACUGCCGAGGCCCUGCACGUUCAUCUUGGGAGCAGACAUAAGGCAGUUCGACAUCAGAGCCUUCCCCUCAACAGUUCCCGAUGCCAAGAGCUGGCCAAUUACUACUUUGGUUUCAAUGGGUGGUCAAAAAGGAUCAUCAAGCUCCAGGAGCUUUCUGACGUUGAAGGCAGGGAAGCAGAAGCUCUGGCAGCACCGCGGGGGAAGCAGAGCGUGAAGUUCCUGUGUGCUCUGGAGGUGGUGCUGCCGUCCUAUGCGUGCACGAGCCCUGGCGUCGCCGUCGUGGAGGAGCCUGCGGAGGAGCUCGAGCAGGGACUGACGGCGUUGAUUGCGAGAAGGAAGAUGGCCCAGAAGCUUGCUGUUCAGAAGGCUUUGUCCAAUGCGUUCCAGAAACUGUGCAUCGUGGUUUUGGAGAGCGGGAAGAUAGCUGUGGAGUACCGGCCCAGAGAGGGGGCCGGAGAUGCCGGCGGUGAAGCGGAGCUUCAGGACUUAAUUCAGGUCAGCUGCUUUGCUUGGGAGCAGCACAGCCAAGGGGAGGAAGAUUUCAGGGAUUUCAACGCGGAGGAGGAAGAACUCGGGCUCCUAGAGCGGGACCAGCCCUG